AUGAUAAAAGAUCAAGCAUUAACACUCAAACAGAUUUUUGAAAAUAAUUCAGAGCUCGGCAGCAGAGGUGAAUCAGUAAUAACUGAAGACAGAUUUCGUAGAAUGCUUCUAGAUUUUGAUAUCGAUGAUAGUUUAACAUCACCACUAUUUAAACUCAUUGGUGGAUGGCACUGUGAGGGAAUAACUUACGAUCAAUUCAGUAGAUUCGUUAACGAUCUUCAAUCCAAAGAUCAAAAGUAUUUUUACCAAUAUUUAUUCAGAAUUUUCGAUUAUGGUAGCGAUGAUCAAAUUGACUCUAACGAUCUAAUAGAGUUUAGCAAACUAAUUGGUGAUCCUUUAAAAAGUCAAGAAGCAAUGGAGAUUAUUUAUGAUUUGAUAGAUAUAGAUGAUAUUGAAAUAAGUAAUGACAUCCCAACAGUUGAUUUCAACCAAUUCGAGAAAAGAUUAGAAAAUGAUAUUUCUGGGCGCUAA